AUGGCUUCUACCUCCAAGGACUACACGAGUGAGAAGCUGGAGAUACCUAAUGAAGGAGAUGCAGCACUUGCUGAAUUCGGUAACCUCGACGACCAUGAGAAUCCCAAAAAAUGGCCAAUGCUUCGAAAAUGGAAAGCUAUGCUCGGCAUUUCGUCCUUUGUUCUUAUGAGUCCUCUUUCCUCAACGAUUGUAGGGCCUAGUUUACCGAGUAUUGCUAGGGACUUAUCAAUCACCCGGCCUGCAGAGCAAGCGUUGGUGCUUUCUAUCUUUGUGCUCCCUUAUGCCUUUGGGCCUUUAAUUGCAAGCCCUUUAUCGGAAAUUUAUGGACGGGUACCAGUAAUCCAAUCUUGGAAUCUGCUAUAUCUUGUCUUUAACACUGCCUGCGGCGCUGCACGAUCAAAGUCAGCUAUGUUUGCCUUUAGAUUCCUUGCAGGCUUCUUUGGAAGCGCUACACUCGGUAUUGGUGGUGGAACCUUAAGCGACCUUUUUACCGCUGAGGAACGCGGUAAAGCAGUUGCGAUCUAUAGUGUUAUCCCCUUACUCUCCCCAGUCUUCGGUCCAAUUCUCGGCGGACUUAUUUCCCAGCAUAUAUCAUGGCACUGGGCGUUCUAUACAAGCUCGUUAUUAGAUGCAGUUAUCCAGUUUCUGGGUCUCUAUCUCCUCGAGGAGACGUAUGCCCCGGUGCUUCUACGCAAAAAGCAGAUGCGUUCAAUACGGUUAACCACGCCAAAUCAACAACUACGCUCUACAACCAAGGACGCAUUGAAGGAACUCCCUACUCGGCUGAAGGCUAAUCUCGGACGAGCAGUCCUUCUUCUCACCACCCAGCCAAUUGUUCAGGUAUUUGCCGUAUAUAAUGCAUUUCUUUAUGGCAUUAUCUACAUCUUAUAUACCACUUUUCCAGAUCUAUACACCAACGUCUAUCAUCAGACAGAAGGGAUGGUUGGUUUGCAUUAUAUUGCUAUGGGAGUUGGCAUGGUUAUUGCAGCUGAGGGCUUUACCCUUGUCAAUGAUCGGAUCUUCGCAUUGCUUAAGGCGAAAAAUAAUGGGGUGGCUCUGCCAGAGUUUCGCGUGCCAUUUAUGGCACCGGCGACUCUACUAAUAGCCGGAGGGCUGUUCUGGUAUGGCUGGAGCGCUCAGCACAAACUUCAGUGGAUCAUGCCCGAUAUUGGGAGCGGCAUCUUCUGCGCUGGAGCUGUUAUAUGCGGCAUCUCUGCAAAUGCAUAUAUGAUUGACACGUAUGGAAAAUUCUCCGCAAGCGCGCUGGCCGCAGUUGGGACACUGAGAAGCCUAACUGCAUUUGGGUUUCCGCUCUUUGCUCCUUAUGUGUUUGAAAUAAUAGGCUACGGAUGGACAGGAAGCCUCCUUGGGUUCUGUGCUUUGGGUAUGGGGCUCCCCGGUGUAGCCCUUAUCUGGGUCUAUGGCAAGGUAUUGCGUAGACGGAGUACGCUUGCAGCGCCAGAUAUCGGAUAA